UGUGAAUGGAAAUAUGUUCUUCCAGUUGUAGAACCUUCAGUAUCAGCUUUCUGCUGUGUUCAAUUCUUUGUUUACUCCUGGUUACUCCUACGUGGUUAUCCCUUUAAUCUUCAGGACAGCUGUCUGGAUUUACGGAGUGAGAACCAUAAUCCAGUUUGGCGCCUUGAGGGGUGAACAAGUAGAGAAACUUAAACUGGUCCAGAGGUUUUGACCCCAAACACAGAGAUCAGGAUCACGGAGAUACAAACAGGCUUUACUGAGAGUCCGUCUGCAGGAUGGGAAACACGAAGAGCAGCGCUUUGUCCAAAGAACUCCUGGAGGAUCUGAAAUCCAACACUAAGUACACAGAGGCCGAGCUGUGCUCCUGGUACCAGUCCUUCCUAAAAGAGUGUCCCAGUGGGAAGAUCAGCAAAGAACAGUUUGAGGGGAUCUAUGCCAGUUUCUUCCCAAAAGCAGACCCCACGGAGUACGCCCGCCACGUGUUCAGGAGCUUCGACACCAACUCAGACGGCACUCUGGACUUUAAGGAGUACAUCGUCGCUCUGCACCUUACGUCUGGAGGAAAGACUCUGCAGAAGCUGGAGUGGGCCUUCGCUCUGUAUGACGUGGAUGGGAACGGAAACAUCAGCAGCAGUGAAAUCCUUGAGAUCGUUCGGUCAAUAUUCAACAUGAUUCCUGUGGAGGACCAGAAGAACCUCCCUGAAGAUGAAAACACGCCAGAGAAAAGGGCUGAAAAAAUCUGGGAAUUCUUUGGAAAGAAGGAGAACGAUAAAAUCUCAGAGGGAGAGUUCAUUCAGGGAGUAAUGAACAAUAAGGACAUCCUGCGGCUGAUUCAGUACGACGAGCCGCAGAAAAUCAAAGACAAGCUGAAGGAGAAGAAACAAUAGCUGGCAGAUGAUGAACUCUCUUUGGUUGAGGCAAGCUAGUACCACGACAUUAGCAAAGACUAACUCACCAACGUGUUCCUGAUUCCUGGACUGGAUGAUUCACUUUGAUGCUCCAACAUCUUAGUUUUAAAAGUUGUUCAUGUUACAAAGGAAUUCAUCUGAUCUAAAAAAACACACAGAAAUCACAUGUUUCUGGUAUUGAUUCAAAGAUUUAUUAUUUGUUCAACUCAACAAAAGG